ACGCUCGUCUUUCGUCCUCUUCCCAGCCCGACCCCUCCCUGCCCCCGUUUCUGCACGGCGCCGGCCGCAGUCUGACAGGGACGGGACGGAGCCAAGAUGGCGGCCGCCGACGGCGACGACUCGCUGUACCCCAUUGCGGUGUUGAUAGACGAGCUUCGCAACGAGGAUGUUCAGCUUCGUCUCAACAGCAUCAAGAAACUGUCCACCAUUGCUUUAGCCCUGGGUGUGGAAAGGACCCGCAGCGAGCUCCUGCCCUUUCUGACAGAUACCAUCUACGAUGAGGAUGAGGUGCUCUUGGCCCUGGCGGAACAGCUGGGAACCUUCACCACACUGGUGGGAGGCCCCGAGUACGUGCACUGCCUGCUGCCACCCCUGGAGUCGCUGGCCACAGUGGAGGAGACGGUGGUGCGGGAUAAGGCGGUGGAGUCCUUGCGGGCCAUCUCGCACGAGCACUCACCCUCGGACCUCGAGGCCCACUUCGUGCCACUGGUGAAGCGGUUGGCGGGCGGCGACUGGUUCACCUCCCGCACCUCGGCUUGUGGCCUCUUCUCUGUCUGCUACCCCCGCGUGUCCAGCGCCGUCAAGGCAGAACUUCGGCAGUACUUCCGGAACCUGUGCUCAGAUGACACCCCCAUGGUGCGGCGGGCCGCAGCCUCCAAGCUGGGGGAGUUCGCCAAGGUGCUGGAGCUGGACAAUGUCAAGAGUGAGAUCAUCCCCAUGUUCUCCAACCUGGCCUCUGACGAGCAGGACUCGGUGCGGCUAUUGGCAGUGGAGGCAUGUGUGAACAUCGCCCAGCUACUGCCCCAGGAGGAUCUGGAGGCCCUGGUGAUGCCUACCCUGCGCCAGGCUGCUGAGGACAAGUCCUGGCGCGUCCGAUACAUGGUGGCCGACAAGUUCACAGAGCUCCAGAAAGCAGUGGGGCCUGAGAUCACCAAGACAGACCUGGUGCCUGCCUUCCAGAACCUGAUGAAAGACUGUGAGGCCGAGGUGAGGGCCGCAGCCUCCCACAAGGUCAAAGAAUUCUGUGAAAAUCUCUCUGCUGACUGUCGGGAGAAUGUGAUCAUGACCCAGAUCUUACCCUGCAUCAAGGAGCUGGUGUCAGAUGCCAACCAACACGUUAAAUCGGCCCUGGCUUCAGUCAUCAUGGGCCUCUCCCCGAUCCUGGGCAAAGACAACACCAUUGAGCACCUCUUGCCCCUCUUCCUGGCUCAGCUGAAGGAUGAGUGCCCGGAGGUGCGGCUGAACAUCAUUUCCAACCUGGACUGCGUGAAUGAGGUGAUUGGCAUCCGACAGCUGUCCCAGUCCCUGCUGCCGGCCAUUGUGGAGCUGGCUGAAGAUGCCAAGUGGCGAGUGCGGCUGGCCAUCAUCGAGUACAUGCCCCUGCUGGCCGGACAGCUGGGGGUGGAGUUCUUUGAUGAGAAGCUCAACUCCUUGUGCAUGGCCUGGCUUGUGGAUCAUGUCUAUGCCAUCCGGGAGGCGGCCACCAGCAACCUGAAGAAGCUGGUCGAGAAAUUUGGGAAGGAGUGGGCCCAUGCCACUAUCAUCCCCAAGGUCUUGGCCAUGUCUGGGGACCCCAACUACCUGCACCGCAUGACAACACUCUUCUGCAUCAAUGUGCUGUCUGAGGUCUGUGGGCAGGACAUCACCACCAAGCACAUGCUGCCUACAGUCCUGCGUAUGGCUGGGGACCCUGUCGCCAAUGUCCGCUUCAACGUGGCCAAGUCCCUACAGAAGAUAGGGCCUAUCUUGGACAACAGCACACUGCAGAGCGAAGUCAAGCCCAUCCUAGAGAAGCUGACCCAGGACCAGGACGUGGAUGUCAAAUACUUUGCCCAGGAAGCUCUGACUGUUCUGUCUCUCGCCUGAUGCUGAAGAGGAGCCAACGCCGGCCUCUGGUGUCCACCCACCCUCCUCCCCCACCCAGAUCCCUUCCUCAGGGAGACAGUGGGGGGACUUUGGCUGUCACUCCCUGUGCAUGGUCUAACCCCAGGCCCCUUCCCUAAGCACGGUUCCUCCUCUCCCCAGCCUGGGAAUCCGACUUCUCACCUGGGAAUCCAUCUCCCAAGAGGCUUGGGGGAGCACAAGGUGGAACAGGGCAGUGACCCUGGGAGGAAGGGGCCACUUUUGUCUGCAGGGGAGAGAUGUGAGCAUCCCAGGUCACUGGUUCCUGCUGCUGUAAUGGGGACCCCCUCCCCCAUCUACUUCUCCACCUCCUUUCUCCCUUCCUCCCUCCUCUUCCCCUCUCCCUCAGUGGGUUUUUUUUGUGUGUGUGUGUGUCAACUGUGCCGUUUUUAUUUUAUUCCUGUUUUCCCUUUUCACAGAGAAAUAAAGGUCUAGAAAUA